AUGCCAACCUCCGCCGAUCAUCCCGUUGAUCGAAUCCAAACUAUUGCAACCCCUGCACCGGACAUGCAACACUAUAGCCAUGAUUGGCCCAAGGGUGAUGCAUCUCUCGACACGGCUUCUCGGGUAUCGGACCUAGAGAGACAUUGCGACUCGAAGAUUGCGGUCGGCUUUGAGGACCCUGAUGAGGGACUUAGCGAAGAUGAAAAGGCAAAAAUUGAUCGCCAGUUACUUUGGAAGCUCGAUCUCCGACUAGUGCCAUGGCUCAGUCUUCUGUACCUUGUUUCAUUCCUCGAUCGAACGAAUAUCGGAAAUGCGAAAAUCGUCGGCCUCCAGACUGAUCUAGGGAUGACGAACGCCCAAUAUAAUGCGACCCUCACCAUCUUCUUCGUUUCAUACUCUGUAUUCGAGCCCUUGACCAAUGUCCUUCUCAAGCGACUGAGACCAAGCAUUUUUAUCCCACUUAUCAUGAUGGCAUGGGGAAUCUGUAUGACAUGCAUGGGUUUGGUAAAGAACUAUGCAGGCUUAAUGGCCGUCCGCUGGUUCCUGGGUCUAUCAGAAGCAGGUCUAUUCCCCGGCGUAGGCUACUUCCUCUCAUGCUGGUACAAGCGAUCGGAGUUCGGUGUGCGAAUGGCAAUUUUCUUCUCGGCAGCUGCGUUGGCAGGCUCAUUCGGUGGCUUGCUCGCUGCGGCUAUCGCCAAAAUGGACGGCAUAGGCGGUAAAGCUGGUUGGUCGUGGAUUUUCAUCUUGGAAGGCCUGGUGACGUUCCUGAUUGGUGUUGCGUCUUUUUGGUGUGUCUAUGAUUUCCCGGACCAGGCGAGGUUCUUGUCGGAUGUUGAUCGGAAGCGUGUGUUGAGGAGGUUGGCGCUUGAUCAGCAGUCUAGUGCUGAGCAUGAGGAGUUUAAGAUGGAUUACUUUUGGGCCAGUGUUAAGGAUUGGAAGACUUAUACUGGAGCUGUGAUCUAUAUGGGGGCUGAUGGAUCGCUGUAUGCAUUUUCGCUCUUUGUGCCGACUAUCAUCAGUCAACUUGUGAGUUUUGUCUUUGUGGUUGUGGGAUCCUUUGCUAACUUUGUCUUGCAGGGCUAUAGUUCGAUUCAUGCUCAGCUACUCAGUGUUCCACCGUACGCCGCAGCAGCAGUCUUGACUGUGAUUGUUGGUUUCAUUGCAGACCGAACCCGCCAACGUGGUCUCUGCAAUAUCUGCGUCUCAUUCCUUGGUAUGGCUGGUUUCUCCAUGCUCCUCGGCUGCAAGUCCGCCGGCGGACGCUAUGCAGGAGUAUUCUUGGGCGCUAUGGGUAUUUACCCAGCCAUUGCGAACACUAUUUCGUGGACGAGUAACAACACCGAAGGUGUAUACAAACGAGGCGUCUCUCUCGGAUUCAUCAUCGGCUGGGGUAAUCUGAAUGGAAUUGUUUCAUCCAACAUCUACCGCGAUAACGACAAGCCAGAAUUCUAUCCCGGUCACGGAGUCGUGCUCGGCUACCUUGUCCUCUUCCUCUUCGGUGGCUCCGUGGUACAGUAUUUCCUACUGCGACGCGAGAAUGCCAAGCGCAGACGCGGUGAGCGGGAUCAGUCAAUUGAAGGUAUGACUCCGGAUCAGAUCGAGUUGCUCGGAGACCAGCGGCCAGACUUUAUAUAUACCCUUUGA